AUGUCCCCCAACCCUGAUUAUGUCUACUGCACCAUUUGCGGCAUGGCCCUUGACGAUGGUACAAUUGUCUUAGCUGGUCCUUAUUGGCCAACAUACGAUGCAAUACCUCCAGAGACUCAGAUAUCUGACCUGGGAGUUAUUCGCUAUGCUGCAGAGGUAGAUCAUUACCCUGGUAAACUACUCCUGCUCCCUGGCAGAGAAGAGGUGUAUCCUCAACACCCGUAUCAUAUUGAUUCUCAGUCCGAUAAACAUUGGGAUACCGCCAAAGCAAAAAUGUACAUGGGGAUUCACGCAGCUUGCGACGACCUUGCUCAACGCGCUUUGGAAAGUGUGUCGAAUACCAAAAUUGGCUCCACCAGCGAACUUUGGUUUACGUUGGAACGUCGUUGUGCUAGCUAUCUUGAGCAACGACUUAUAGAGCGACCUUCACCAAUGGAUAUGAAUUACGUUCCUCCUAUUCCAAACAACUCACCUGGCCAGCCACUCUCCCUCGGCUUCGAACGGUAUUACGUUCCCGUUUACUGUAUGGAACAAUGGGGAGACGAGUGGGAAGGAUGGUGGGAUGAGGACCCCAUACAAGUCACCAACUUGACCUCCAAGCUGCUCUCAAAUCUAGAGCGACUGGAUGAUAGCUCAAUCCAGGUCUCGACAGAAGCAUCGCCAGAGCAAAGUUCAGGCCAUGUCGAUAACUUGUUCCGAGAUACCCAAUUGUUUCUCAAAGGCGACAACAAUAUCUCUCAGUCCAUAUGGAAAGAGAUAUUCCUCCAAAUCCCUCUUCUCUGGGAUCUUGAUGUUGAGGUAGUGAAUAUCAAGACUGGUUCUGAUGUGGGAGAUGGCGAGAAGUGGAACUGGGAAAAGCUCACUAGACAGGUUAUGAGCUCACCACAUCCUCCGCCUCCAGAUGCAGCUAGUUAUCGUGAUGAGGGUGUAUGGAGUUACAACGACGUUGGACUGGAUGUUCCUGAUGGGUUUACCAACCGCCGACGAAUUUGGCAGAUUUUGGAAGACAUGAGCCCCAAUGAUGUACAGGCUGGAAGACUAGCAGCAGAUGCGUGUAAUUAG